AUGGAAGAUAUUGCUCACCGCGAUACGAAAUCAGAGGAACCAUCUUGCCAGUCUAACACCAUCACACCAACUGAAGUAAAAGAUGCCAAUGGUGAGCUCUGUUCGGUUACCACCGGUUCGUCAACCGAGCUGGAAGACGGAAAAAAUCAGGACAGACUGAAUUCGGAUCCGGAAAGCAACCUACCGCACGCACCGGAACUUUCCAAGCGACAGCGCAAGAAGCUACUCAAGCUAGAAAACUGGGAAAAGAGAAAAAAGGAAAAGCGUCAGAAGGAGAAGGAAAAGCAAAAAGCGAAGCGUAUCGAAGCGAUCCAGCAAGGGCUGCCGGUACGCAACGGCCCGAGCCGGAAGGAAUUGAAGCGCAGGAAAAUUAGCUAUACCAACGCCACGAUCGAAGUUGUCAUCGAUCUGAGCUUCGACCACAUGAUGAUUGACAAGGAUGUAGCAAAGUGUGUGAAGCAGCUGCUACGCAUCUACACGCUAAACCGACGAUCCGCGCGUCCGGUACCGCUGCACUUCGUUGGCAUCGAGAAAGGCGGUGCAGUGGAGCGUCAUCUUGCCCGCAACGAUGGUUACCGGCACUGGGACGUGCGAUUUAGCGACGAGCAUUUUAUGCAACUGUUUAAACCGUCCACCCUGGUGUAUUUGACCAGCGAGUCGGACCAGGUGCUGGACCGGCUCGAGGAUGGGUGUGUGUACGUGAUCGGUGGUUUGGUCGAUCACAACCAGCAUAAGGGGCACUGCUAUCAGCUGGCACAACGUCACGGCAUUCGACAUGCCCGCUUGCCUCUGGCGGAACAUCUCGUUAUCAAGACGCGCACCAUCCUGACGAUCAAUCAGGUGUUUGAGGUGUUGCUAAAUGUGCACAUGGGCAAGGAGUGGCAGCCAACGCUGUUGGAGGUGUUGCCGGCGAGGAAGGGCGUCAUCCCUAAACCAUGCGAGGCGACUAAAGACGAUGAUGUGACUCUGGGAGAGGCAGUAGAAAUUACAACGCAGACGUAG